AUGGAGACCCACCCUUCUCCCGAUUCCCGCUCGCAAUUCCCGUCGCAUAGCGAACCGCGAGUAUGGCUGAUCACCGCGGGAGAUUCGCCCAUUGGUAUCUCAGUCGCACGGCAGGUACUUGCGCAUGGCGACUAUGUCUUGCUCGGGCUUGCGCAUACGGUCCUAGAUCGUGACGAGCGACGCCGAGACGGUUUUGACGCCUUUCUAGCCGAAGUGGAAGAACAUCGAGACGAAGGAUGGACGCAACGAAUGAAAUCUGUCCCCUUGGACAUCAGAAUGAUGGGGGAAUGCCAGGCAGUCUUUGCGCAAGCAGUCGCAACAUUUGGCCGAGUGGAUAUCCUCUUGUGCUGCACAAGCCAAGCCCUCAUUGGAACCGUCGAAGAGCUGUCCGCCUCCCCACAGACCCUGAACCUUGUUCGCGAUCAAUUCGAGGUGAACUAUUUCGGACCUCUCAAUAUAAUCAAAGCCGCAUUACCUCAUAUGAGGAGAGAAAAUUCUGGUCACAUCAUGAUCUUGUCAGGAAUCACCGCCCAUAUUGGAACACCGGGGCUUGGGAUGUACUGCGCUGCUGGCUGGGCUCUUGAAGGAUUCUGUGAUAGCCUGGCAUUCGAAAUCGCACCAUUCAACCUCAAACUCACCAUCGUCCAAUGCAGCAUCGAGAUCGGCAUUCUCACCAAUCUAGUCACCAGCGUCCCACCCAUUUUCCCCGCUUAUUCCCCCGCAAACAACCAUGCGCCGCUGUUUCGGGGUAUACUCAACCGCCUCGUUCCCCGACUCCCCGAUGCCGUUUCUGAGGGGUUAUUCGGCAACACGGCUACAGCCAAUCGAUCUAACGAGAGGGAGGAGAGUUCGAGAGUGAGCUCGAUCGAGAACGGCCCAUUCUCCUUACCCGAAGUUGUCUCUAUGCAUCCACCAUUAAGCUCCGCACACCUGGAAGUCUUAGUCUCGGAAACGGUAUACGCUAUCACAUCAAUUGCCGGCCAUGAGAAUCCCCCAUCGCGGCAUAUCGUCGGACAAGAAGGUGUUGCCAGCGUCAAGGAGAAGCUGAAGACGGUUAGCGAGGAGCUCGAGGAUUUCAUUCAAGCUAGCUUUGCUGUCGAUGUGGCCGCUGAUGCGGAGCCUAUGCCUCCCAUGGGAGCCACGAGUCAAACACCUUUUUGA